CAUCCUUCCUAUUCAAAAUCUCAAGUAGCUGAACCUUGGAUUAGGACACGAUAGAUCAGAUUAGGACGGUCACCACUGAUAGUUUCUUCAAUGACCACUCUUAUGAUAGCUAUGAUUUUAAACCUAAACACAAUACACAUAUCAAAUCAGUACUGAAGAAAUACAAAUAAGUAUAAAUAAAUGGGUGAUGAAUAAACACAGCAACUCCUUUGAAGCCUAUUUCCCUCAAAGUGCCUCCUUCGAAGCUACAAACGAGGAUGAUCUCUUAAAUCAGACGAUGAAUACCUGCUUCCCCAAGAACGGAGGUAUUCCGUCAUACCUCAGAAGGCCUCAACAACUUAAGGUCAUCACUAAAGCAAAGGAGUACAUUGCAUCAAUCUCUAAAAGUAACACUCAUCCUUCAGUAGAGCAAUUUAAUGAAACUUUAAGUAAAAUUUACAAAAACAGGAGCAUAAGUUCUAAAUGUUCACGAAGAAGGAAGUCACACCAAUCCGUUCAAAAAUCUACAAAUUUUAACACAAAGAGGAAGACCAAGACCUCUAACUCUAAGUUACGAAAGCCUAAAGUUAAAGUUAAGGAGAAAUCUUAUCAAAAAGAAGAUCGAAACCAAGAGGCUCUAUAUAACUACUGAUACAAGAAGAUUUUUGGAACCAACCAACUCAAAAUUGUUGGAAAGUACACAGUCACUAGUGACGAUUACCAAAAGCGGGUACCAAGAACAGCAGCUAUCUCAAGACCUGCUCAUUUAAUUCAGCGUAAACAAGGCUCUUCUUACUUCGAAAACAGAAAUCAUAUUCGUCUCAGAGAACAAACAAAAGCUAGAAAUAUCAUCUCAAAAAUAGAACAAAAGGGGGAAAUAUCAAAGACUUUCUAUAAUCCAAAAGAAAGAACUGAUAUACCAAACCUUUAA